AUGCAGCGCUGCUUCGCUCGGCUGUUUCAAGCGGGAGUACACACGCCGCAUGGCUCCCGAUACAAUGCGGCACGGAUGAAGAACUGGCCAGUGCAGGAAGUGGCACAGAACUUUAACUUCACAAAUGAGCAGCGCUUCAAGGCGAAGACCAUGCCACGGGAUACGGGCAAGAUUCCGCGCGACUUUCUGCUGUCCGUGCUGUACCGCAACCAACCUUGUGAGGUGGGAUCUCUAUGGGAGCACUGCCUGAACGAUCCUCAGAUUGUGCUGGACAGCAAGCGACACCUGCGCGAUGUCCUGCAGCAGGCCCGCGCGGAGGGGUUUGUCUCGUUCGAGAAAGACGCCGUGACAGACCGUUGGGUGUGCCACUUGACGCGUGAGAGGUUCGAGGAGGUGCGUGCGCUGGUGGGCGCGCGGGCAGAAGCGCAGGAUUUGUACUCAGGUCUGCGCGGCGCGUCAGCGACGGAGACGUCGGCAUACUCGGAGAGCUUCCGAGAGAUGAAUGAGGACACGAAGCGGGAGCACUUGCGUCUGCUGUCGGAGCAGGUGACCGACACCACCACCCAUAUCCGAAAGUUUCAGCGGAUGGAGAUGGACUACCUGCCGUACACUGACUUGAACGGCAAGGUGAACUUUAUGUGGUGGUACGAGAUGAGCGACGCCCGCGACGCUACUGCGCUGCCGGAGGCAGCAGCGGAGGGUAGUCCGAAGCUGAGUGAGUAG